AUGGACAACAACCCUGGUCUGAUCAAUGGUCUGGCAUCUCCAGCCUUGCUGGUUAUGGUGACUUCUUCUGAAGGUCCCCUUGGGGGUACGCAACAGCCACCUCAUUAUACAGUCCCAAUGUCCAUGGAGAAACCCCCUCAAAUCACCUACCUAAGCCCAGCUUACCCUCUCCUGUACCCACCUCAGGAGCACAUGAACUCUACCUGCCCCCCUCAACUUCUUCCGCUUCCCCCACAAUAUGGACAUCAUCGUCUGGACCGGGCAGGAGUGGGGGUUUUGGGGUACGGAGCACUUCACCCCUUUGGUGCUUUCCGUCUAUCAGAGGGAGUGGAGAGACUCCAGCCUGGAUUUUUGAACCCUAAAAGGAUGAAGGGCGAUGCAGAGACCCUCCAGAUCCGAUAUCUUCCCAUGGAAACAGGGAUGGAGGUUCCUCGUGUUCAAGGAGGUUCUGGGAUCCCCCAAAUAUCUCACAGAAGUUCUCCCAAAGCAAGGUCAAGUGCGCACAAAAAAGAUAAGAAGUCCUCGGUCCCAUUGUCCCUACUGUGUCCUCUGUGCCACAGACACCUUCAGAAAGAUGAGCUGUCGCUGCACUUGCAAGAAGAGUUGGAACAUCUGGAGCAGCUCUCUGACAGUGAGACGGAUGCACAGUUGGAAGCCACACAACGUAUCAUCUCGCAGUCCCCAGUGCUAGGGAGGACUUCUCCCAGUGACUCACCAUUAAUGACCUCAGAAGAUGGGCAGAAACUUGACAGGCAACAAGUUUAUCAACAAGUUAAAAUCAACCGAGAGGAACGUCUUGGAGCCCGAGCAGGAAGGUGUAAAAGAGGCCGAGUGCAUACAGAGGAGACUCACAGUGAUCUCACGCAGGGGAUUACGCCUAUUAAGAUGGUCUCAGAGGAAAGCCAAUGGGAGGACGAGGCCAGGACUCCCGAGAAACCAUUGUCCCAUGAAGCAGACUGUCAGGCGUCUCCCGGCAGCGGCUUGUCCAGCCCCAGCGAGGAAUCUGAUAACGAGAACAUUUCUGCCACCCACCCAUCAAGGGACCUGAGUUUAGAGACGCUGAGACUCAAAAUACAGGAACUGACAGAAAAAUUACGAAAUGCAAAUACCUGCCACAUCUGCCUGGAUUCAUACAGUGUCCCCGUCACCUCCAUCCAGUGCUGGCACAUUCACUGCGAGGGAUGCUGGCUGCGAUCGCUGGGCGCGAAAAAGCUAUGUCCCCAGUGCAACACCAUCACAUCCCCCAGCGACCUGCGCAGGGUGUACUUAUGACCUGCAGAGCAUUGCACCAUUGAUGUCACAUCCUACAGACCGAUCCACAGACGCCCGUCACAACAAUCAGAGCAUUUUAAACCAGGAUGUCUCAUCUGAUUUUGCAUACCAGGGAACUCUCUAGGGGUUGACCCGGAGUCUCUAGGCGACGCUCUGCUUCCC